CGUCAAACUAGUCAAACUGCUGUACUGCCGAACAUGAGCAAAAUUUAAAAAACUGGAAAUUGGGUAAUAAUAAUUAUGUUGUUGCAGUUCUCAUUUAACUGAAAGAUUCAUCAAAAUGGAUUUUGAAUAGAAAAUCGUUCUAAGGCGUAUAUCUCUUGCAGAGAUACAUUACCAGACUUUUCUUCUGUCCCAGAAGACUGUGGGUGCACAGUAGUUAUCAUAUAACAUGUUUAUGUAUAGAACAUCUUAGUAAUGAUGGCAAAAUCCUCAUACAGUAAAGUGGAUGAAUAUGGUUUUGAAAGACCAACUAACUUUAACUAUGAAUUAUAUGAUCACUUCAUGUCCAGUUACAUCAGAGUUUUAACUCGCAGGGCACAAAGGUGGAAUACAUUGAAAUAUGAUAUCUAUAAAAAACCCAGUACUUUGAAACGAUUCAUAAGAAAAGGAAUUCCAAGUGAUAUUCGUACUGCUGCAUGGAUGCAUAUUUCUGGAGCUGAGGAUAUAAAAAAUUCCAGCACAUUCACUUAUAGAACAAUGAAACAAAAAAUAAGUAAUCAGAGCAUAAUAGACAUAAUUGAAAUAGACUUGCCAAGGACCUUUCCAGACAACAUUUACUUUUCUAGCCAUGAGCAUCUUCCUGGAAUGCUAUUCAAUGUGCUGGCUACAUUUGCUCAUCAAAAUAAAGAAGUCAGUUAUUGUCAAGGCUUGAAUUACAUUGUGGGGUUAUUACUUCUAGCAACCAAAGAUGAAGAAUCAUCAUUCUGGCUUCUUAAAAUCCUUGUGGAAAAAAUAUUACCCCAAUACUACAUUGUAACAAUGACUGGAUUACUGACUGAUCUUGAUGUACUAGAUGAAUUAGUACAUAAAUAUGAACCUCUAGUCCAUAGACACAUACACAAUAUUGGCAUGCCCUGGGCAAUGGGAACCACAAAGUGGUUUAUUUGUUUAUUUUCAGAAGUGCUACCUACAGAGACUGUAUUUAGAAUAUGGGAUUGCCUGUUUUAUGAGGGUUCAAAAAUAAUUUUUCGGGUUGCUUUAACUCUGAUUAGACUUCACAAAGAUAAAAUUCUGCAAACCAGUGAGUUAGGUGAACUGAUUACUUGUUUUAGGGAAAUGAAAAAUCACCCUUCAGUAAUUAACUGCCAUCAAUUCAUGAAUGACAUUUUCAAACUCUCUGGUAAUUUGUCAAACUCUACAAUAGAUAAAUUGAGGAUUAAAUAUGGGAAGAAAAAACUAUGAACAAAACCCAAAGACCAUCAAAAUUUUCACAAACUCUAGUCCUAUUCAUCUAUUUAUUCCUGUAUACUAUUAUCACAAUCUUUGAAUUUUUUUAUUACAUUCAUUUAGCCUUUGAAAUUAUCUAUUUGUGUUUUUCUAAGAAAUCCUUUGCUUCAUUGAUUUUUGAUGCCAAGUAUGGGGAUCCUCCUCUAUCUGGAUGGUUGACUGCCAUAACUUUUUUAAAGGCAUCUUUUAUUUUCUGUUUGUUAGCUGAUGGAGUCACUCCUGCAAACCAUAUAAAAUGAUUUUAUACCAACAUUUGAA